GAAUUAACUGUAGUUAAACAUAUUAAUGGAAAAGGGGACAUCAUGAGAGUGAACUCCCCGAUACUAAUGAUGUUUAAUAGAUACGCAUGCGCACUAGAUAGAUUUUGUUUUUAUAUUUCAUUUUCACGUUAAAUUGUAUGCUACAGUGCGCGAUUUACGUUUCUCGGUUGCAACGCAGCAGAUAUUAUGAUAACUUCCUUCAUAAAACAUUUCUCAACUACAACACACUGGUAUAACAAUAUCCUCUAUAAAACAAUUCCGUACAUUAUUAUGUUUUAAUAUAUUCAAUCAAUGAAACUAUAAAACUUCGUUGCCUCAGCUGACUUUUUUUCUGUCCCUCCCUUUUUUCUUUUGCUUUUGAGACAAAUGUUAUAGUGAACAUAUGUAUUUCAUCGACCUUCACCACAAAAAUUUAACUUCUUGAUGCCUUUUAUACUAAAGAGAUGAGGUGACUUUGGCAUAAAGGAAGAGCUAACAUCAAGUAUAUCAUCAAUAUGAUAUUGUGCUUUAAAGGAUAAAGCAAGAUAUCAUACAUAACAAGUAUAUGCUUGUUUAUAUGAAUCUAUGUUGAACUAUAUUGAAAUUGUUUUUUUGCUGAAGUGAGAUUAACAGCACCAUUUCUGUACUUCACUACCUGAAAUAUUUAGAAUAUGAUUUUACAGUGUUUUCAGAAACUGAAAAAGAUCUCAUGUGAUAGACAUAUUGAAAAAUUAUAAAUAAAAACUUAAGUAAAACAUCCGUAUAUCGUGGUGAGAGAAGGAAAAUUAUGGAAAAUGAAUUAUGCGAUAACAAGGUUAUAUGUAAAACAGAGUCUCAAGUAAUUGACUUUCAUAAUGUAAAACUGAAACAGAAAGGAAAAACAUAUCAUUGUGAUAUCUGUGGUGAGUCAUUUUCUGAAAAUUGUGAAGUAACUGUACACAAACGUAUUCAUACUGGAGAGAAACAAUUUCAUUGUGACAUCUGUGAUAAAUCAUUCUCUGUAAAAGGCUCCUUAACUAGACACAAACAUAGUCACACAGGAGAGAAACCAUAUUACUGUGAUAUCUGUGGUAAAUCAUUCUCUCAGAAUGGUAUCUUAACUAUACACAAACGUAUUCAUACAGGAGAAAAACCAUAUCACUGUGAUAUCUGUGGUAAAUCAUUCUCUCGAAAUGAACAUUUGACUAAACAUAAACGUAUCCACACAGGAGAGAGGCCAUAUCACUGUGAUGUUUGUAACAAAUCGUUCACUCAAAGUAGUGACUUAAAUAAACACAAACAUAGUCACACAGGAAAGAAACCUUUUCAUUGUGACAUCUGUGGUAAAUCAUUCUCUCAAAAUUGUAUACUAACUACCCAUAAACGUAUUCAUACAGGAGAAAAACCAUAUCAUUGUGAUAUCUGCGGCAAAUCAUUCUCAAUAAAUAGGAACUUGAGUAAUCACAAACGUAUUCAUACAGGAGAGAAACCAUAUUACUGUGAUAUCUGUGGUGAAUCAUUCUCUUUGAAUUCUAACUUGAAUUAUCACAAACGUAUUCACACAGGAGAGAAACCAUAUUGCUGUGAUAUAUGCCAUAAAUCAUUCUCUCUCAAUAGGAGCUUAACUACACACAAGCGUAUUCAUACAGGCGAAAAACCAUAUCACUGUGAUAUCUGUGGGAAAUCAUUCUCUCAGAAUAGCAUCUUAACUGUACACAGACGUAUUCACACAGGAGAGAAGCCAUAUCACUGUGAUAUCUGUGGUAAAUCAUUCUCUCGAAAUGGUGAACUAACUCUACACAAACGUAUUCAUACAGGAGAGGAACCUUAUCGUUGUGAUAUUUGUGGUAAAUCAUUCUCUCUGAAUUGGAACUUGACUAAUCACAAACAUAUUCACACCGGAGAGAAGCCAUAUCACUGUGAUAUCUGUGGUAAAUCAUUCUCUCAAAAUGGUCACUUAACAGUGCACAAACGUGUUCAUACAGGAGAAAAACCCUAUGAGUGUGAUGUCUGUGGUAAAUCAUUCUCUCUAAAUAGGAACUUGAGUAAUCAUAGACGUAUUCAUACAGGAGAGAAACCAUACUGCUGUGAAAUCUGUGGUACGUCAUUCACUUUAAAUUGUAACCUAACAAAACACAAGCGUACUCAUACAGGAGAGAAACCAUAUCACUGUGAUAUCUGUGGCAAAUCAUUCUCUCAAAGCAGUAUAUUAACUACUCACAAACGUAUUCACACAGGGGAGAAGCAGUAUCGCUGUGAUAUCUGUGGUGUAUCAUUCUCUCAAAGUAGUAGCUUAACUAGACACACACGCAUUCAUACAGGAGAGAAGCCGUAUCACUGUGAUAUCUGUGGUAAAUCAUUUUCUGACAAUGGUGACUUAACUAAACAUAAACGUGUUCAUACUGGAGAGAAGCUAUAUCACUGUGAUACCUGUGGUAAAUCAUUCUCAGAGAGAAGUAAAUUAACUACACACAAACGUGUUCAUACAGGAGAAAAGCCAUAUCACUGUGAUAUCUGUGGUAAAUCAUUUUCCAUAAAUGAUAUCUUGACUAAGCACAAACUUACUCAUACAGGAGAAAAACCAUUUCACUGUGAUAUCUGUGGUAAAUCCUUCUCUCGAAAUAGUAACUUAACUAUACACAAACGCAUUCAUUCAGGUGAAAAGCCCUAUUAUUGUGAUAUCUGUGGUAAAUCAUUCUCUUAUGGAAGUAACUUGAUUAUACAUAAACGUAUUCAUACAGGAGAGAAGCCAUAUCAUUGUGAUGUCUGUGGGAAAUAUUUUUCUCAGAAUGGUGUUUUAACUAAGCACAAACGCAUUCAUACAGGUGAGAGACCUUAUCAUUGUGACAUAUGUGAAAAAUCAUUUUCUGGAAGUAGUGACUUAACUAAACAUAAGCAUAUACAUACUGGUGAGAAACCAUAUCAGUGUGAUACAUGUGGUAAAUCCUUCUCUCUAAAUCAACACUUAAUCAAACACAAACACAUUCAUACAGAAGUGAAACCAUAUCAGUGUGAUGUCUGUGGUAAAUCAUUCUCUCAGAGUGAGAAACUGGCUACUCACAAAUGCAUUCAUACAGGGGAGAAGCCAUAUCACUGUGAGGUCUGUGAUAAAUCAUUCUCCAAAGCUUGUAAUUUAAUUACGCAUAAACGUAUACACACAGGUGAAAAGCCAUAUCACUGUGAUAUCUGUGAUAAAUCAUUCUCAGGAAGUAGUAACUUAACUAAACAUAAGCGUACUCAUACAGGAGAGAAACUGUAUCACUGCGAUGUUUGUGAUAAAUUAUUUUCACAAAGUAAUGACUUGAGUAUACACAAACGUAUUCAUACAGGGGAGAAGCCAUAUCAUUGUGAUGUCUGUGGUAAGUCAUUCACUGGAAGUAAUAACUUAGCUAAGCACAAGCGCAUUCAUACAGGGGAAAAGCCAUACCACUGUGAUGUCUGUGGUAAAUCUUUCACUAGAAGUAGUGAUUUGAAUAAACAUAAACGUAUUCAUACAGGAGAGAAGCCAUAUCAGUGUGAUAUUUGUAGUAAACCAUUCUCUAGAAGUAGUGACUUAACUAAACACAAAUCUAUUCAUACAGGAGAGAAACUAUAUCGUUGUGAUGUCUGUGAUAAAUCAUUCUUUGUAAAUAGUGACUUAACAAAACAUAAACGUAUUCACACAGGAGAGAAACUAUAUCGUUGUGAUGUCUGUGGUAAAUCAUUUUCUGGAAGUAGUGACCUGACUAGGCAUAAACGUCUUCAUACAGGAAAAAAGCCAUUUCAGUGUGAUAUCUGUAGUAAAGCAUUCGCUCGAAGUGAUGAUUUGACUAAACACAUACGUAUCCAUACAGGAGAGAAACCGUAUCAGUGUGAUAUCUGUGGUAAGUCAUUCUCUCAAAAAAGUAACUUAACUACACAUGUAGUUAGUCAUACAGGAGUGUAACUGCAUCAGUGUCAGAGUUGAUUACAACACAGUAACAAACGUUUUAACCCUUUAGCAUUCAAACCAGCUAUAUCCAGCCUAAAUAUUCUAGCUGUUUUAUGUUCAAACCAGCUGGAUGCAGUCUCUCAUACCUAUUCCACAAUGUCCUAAAAAUAAGCAAUCACAUCAUGGAAAUCUCAGAACUACAAGAUAAUGUAUGAUCAAUUGAAAACAAUGUGAAUAAGUAGGCAUUACAUUUGACAGGAUAAUCUGAAUGCUAAAGGAUUAAGCCCAUUUUCUCUGCUGAUGGAAGGGUAACCUUGUGGCAUUACCAGUAACUCUAAAUAUAUUCACUAUGGUUCCUUUUCCAAGGUAGAAUUUUGGAGCUGAAGUCAUACCAAUCCAUUCAGUUUUCUUCACAGGGAUAUGGCAUACCUAUUUUAAACCUGGAUACAGCAUUUUUGUCAAAGUUCUUUCUAUGAAAGAAUAUAUAAAACCAUAAACAUUUACACACAGAAAAGUAGAGGUAACUGUUAACUUCCCCAAACUAUAUUUUAUAUGCCUACAACUAUAUCUGUGUUGGUGAGGUAAAUUGCUAUCUUGAUAUUUUUAAUAAAGAUUUUCUUCCAGAAUACUCAAAUACAUAUUCCAUCUAAAAUAUUUGCAGAAAGAGACAAAAUUAUCCUGGUUUGACAUUGUGAGUGAAUAACUGAAAAUCUAUUCUCAUAUAUCACUGAUAAUGUUGUACAAAUAUUAUGAAUAAAUACAAAAAACCUGAAA